GGUUUAUAUUAUUUUUAUAUUAUUAUUUUCAGGUUUUAAUAGUUUUAGUUUUAUUUAAGCCCCUAAGCAUGCAACUGCUGUUUAAUCUGAAGUUAAACCCUUUUCAUGUAACUUUUGGAGGGGUCUGCAGGUCUAAAGUAUGUUUACUAAAGAGAUGACAUGAGGACUAGGCCCUGAUUGUAUCAAAAGCAUGUUAUUCCUGCAAGUGGCUUCACAGGCAGAACACUGCUGAUAAAAAUACCUUAAACCAGCCUAAGAUGGCUUCUUGGCCGGUCAGGAUGAUUUAAGACAAGUUUUGGGGACUCUUUAUUCCAAUUGGGAGGCCAGCUUGUUCAGGAUGGAAGACCCAUUUUUAGCAGGACUGUUGAAAAAAUAAUUUUCGAGCAAGUAAUUUUAGAGACAAUAAUGUCUCUACAAACCAUGUCUAACGCUUUUAAUGUAUUUGACCUUGAAAGGUUCGUUUAGAAAGGGCAUAUUUGUAUCCUUCUCGAAUCAUAACGGGAUAUUCAUUUGUGCCUCCCCUAGCGGAGACGAGGCGGAUUUACAAUGUCAAAUAAAAAAGCAGGGAUGAACGCCAUGUCUGAUCCCGCUGUUGAGCGGUAGAGAGAGCGAACACAGCGGGCGGACUUCGAGGAUUCGAGUCGGAGCGCGGAAGCAGGCUCGAUGUCGGAGAGCGCGGGGAUUCCUCAGGGCUCCCCGGCGGUAGGUGCAGCGGGCUCGGCUGCGGCUGCGCCAGGGGUCGGUGGAACCGAGUGUUCGGGCGCUGCUGUCGGUUCUGCACGGAUCGCCGUCAAGAAGGCGCAGCUCCGCUCCUCCCCGCGUCCGAAGAAACUGGAGAAACUCGGUGUAUAUUCCUCGUGCAAGGCUGAAGGAGCUUGUAAGUGUAAUGGCUGGAAGAGUCAAAACCCACCUCCAACUCCGCCCCCUCCAACCCCGCCCAGGGCUGAGCAGCCAAUUGCAGUUAACUUAAUGGAGCCCUGCAGAAGCUGCAGCCACGCCCUCGGUGACCAUGUGACACAUCUGGAGAAUGUGUCAGAGGAGGAGAUGAACAGACUGCUUGGAAUUGUGCUGGAUGUGGAGUACUUGUACACAUGUGUCCAUAAAGAAGAGGAUCCUGACACUAAACAAGUUUACUUUUCUCUCUUCAAAUUGCUACGGAAAUGCAUCCUGCAGAUGGGAAGGCCUGUGGUAGAAGCUCUGGAAAGCCCACCUUUUGAAAAACCAAGCAUUGAACAGGGUGUGAACAACUUUGUGCAGUACAAGUUUAGCCACCUACCGUCAAAAGAGAGGCAAACCAUUGUGGAGCUUGCAAAGAUGUUCCUCAACCAGAUCAACUACUGGCAGCUAGAGACGCCCUCACAAAGAAGGCAAAGAGCACCUGAUGAUGAUGUGGCUGGUUAUAAAGUCAAUUACACCAGGUGGCUGUGUUACUGUAAUGUGCCCCAGUCCUGUGACAGUCUCCCUCGGUAUGAGGCCACACAGAUUUUCGGCCGCACUUUCCUGCGCUCUGUGUUCACUGUAAUGAGGAAACAGCUGCUGGAACAGGCCCGGCAGGAGAAAGACAAACUACCACCUGAGAAACGCACACUCAUUCUUACACAUUUCCCCAAGUUUUUGUCUAUGCUGGAAGAAGAGGUUUAUAGUCAUAAUUCGCCCAUCUGGAGUGAGGACUUCAUGGUUCCUUUAUCAGGUGGACAGAUUCCCACAGUGAUCAGUGCUCCACCUGUGACCCGCCCCCUGUACUACAGCAGUAGUCCCGCCCCAGUGGAGCUGGUUGGAGGAGGCAGUGUAAGCCCAGCCAGGAAAACAGCAUCCGCUUUGGAGCCCAAUUCAGGUGGAGAGAAGCGAAAGUCUUCUGAGCCGUUGUCUCACGAGGACAGCAAACGACCCCGUGUGGUUGGUGACAUUCCUAUGGAAUUAAUUAAUGAAGUCAUGUCUACAAUUACAGACCCUACUGCCAUGCUGGGACCAGAGACCAGUCUUCUCUCCGCUCAUUCUGCACGUGAUGAAGCCGCUCGAUUAGAGGAGAGGCGUGGCGUCAUCGAGUUCCACGUCAUUGGAAACUCCCUCAACCAGAAGCCCAAUAAGAAGAUCCUCAUGUGGCUUGUUGGUCUGCAGAACGUCUUCUCACACCAGCUGCCCCGCAUGCCUAAAGAAUACAUCACACGCCUCGUCUUUGACCCGAAACACAAGACUCUGUCUCUGAUUAAAGAUGGCCGUGUUAUUGGGGGAAUCUGUUUCCGGAUGUUUCCAACUCAGGGCUUCACUGAGAUUGUGUUCUGUGCUGUCACCUCCAAUGAACAAGUCAAAGGUUAUGGGACUCACCUCAUGAACCAUCUGAAGGAGUAUCACAUCAAGCACGAAAUUCUCAACUUUCUCACCUACGCUGAUGAAUACGCCAUUGGCUACUUCAAAAAACAGGGAUUCUCUAAAGACAUUAAAGUGCCGAAGUCAAAGUACGUGGGCUAUAUUAAAGAUUACGAGGGGGCCACACUCAUGGGCUGUGAACUGAACCCCAGCAUCCCUUACACUGAGUUCUCUGUCAUCAUCAAGAAACAGAAAGAGAUCAUUAAGAAGCUUAUAGAGCGCAAGCAAGCACAGAUUCGGAAAGUCUACCCUGGCCUGUCCUGUUUCAAGGAGGGAGUUCGUCAGAUUGCCAUUGAGAGCAUUCCAGGAAUCCGUGAGACAGGCUGGAAGCCUUUAGGGAAGAGCAAAGAGCUGAAGGAUCCAGACCAGUUGUACAGCACCUUAAAGAACAUCUUGCAGCAGGUCAAGUCACAUCAGAAUGCAUGGCCAUUCAUGGAGCCUGUAAAGAAGAACGAGGCCCCUGGUUAUUAUCAAGUCAUCCGCUUCCCUAUGGACUUGAAGACAAUGAGCGAGCGUCUAAAGAGUCGUUACUAUACCACGCGGAAGCUGUUCAUGGCUGACAUGCAGAGGAUCUUCACUAACUGCAGAGAGUACAACCCUCCUGAAAGCGAGUACUAUAAAUGUGCCAACCUACUAGAGAAAUUCUUCUACACCAAGAUCAAAGAGGCGGGCCUCAUCGAAAAGUUAUCCAGCUAGGGGGCGCAAGUAGUCCGUUGCCCUUUCUACCUCUUUUCUCCACAUUUAUCAUAUAUAGAACUCCUUUUUAUCCCCAUUGUUUUUGCAUCAAAAGGAGGGUUUUCUGAAAUUAAGACAUUUAAAGGAAUAGUUUACCCAAAAAUUCAAAUUUGAUGAAAAUGUAACCUCAGGCCAGCCAAGAUUGUUUGUAAUCUGUAAAAAUUUGGAGAAAUUUAGCAUUUCAUCACUUGCUCACCAGAGGAUCCUCUGCAGUGAAUGGGUGCCGUCAGAAUGAGAGUCAAGAUAUCUGUUAAAAGCAUCACAAGUAAUCCACUUGAUUCCAGUUUAACAUCUUAUGAAUCAAAAAGCUGUUUGUAAAAAACAAAUCCAUCAUUAAAGCAUCACAAGGCAUUAACUGAUUAUUGUGAUGUUUUAAUCAGCUGUUUGGACUCUUAUUCUGACGGCACCCAUUCACUGCAGAGGAUCCAUUGGUGAGCAAAUUUUGCCAAAAUUUCUCCAGAUCUGCUGUGAUGACCAAAAAACACGUUUACAUUUUGGAUGGCCUGAGGGUUAUUACAUUUUCAGGAAAUUUUAAUUUUUGGGUGAACCAUUUCUAUGAAGAUAAGUAUUUGGCGCAUGUGAAUGUCCACAUGACCGCCAUGUGUGAAAAGUCUUUUUCCUGUCUUAAAAAUUCCUUCUGCCAAAACUGUGGAACAAUUUUACGGUAUGUGCGGCUGGAUGCUUUUGGUGUGCAGGUGUUCUUGCUAGUGUGUGUAUAUAAUAGUAAAAAUCUGUUUAUAUAGAUACAAUUUUAUGAAAAAAAACAAACAAACUAUAUUUUAUAUACAGUCGUGGCCAAAAGUUUUGGCAAUGACAUACGUUUUUGUUUUGCAAAGUUUGCUGCUUUGGUAUUUGUAGAUUAUUUUUCCACGUUUCUAUGGUAUACUGAAAAACAAUGAUAAGCAUAGGCUUUUAUUGGCAAAAAAAUAUGAGUCAGUAUUUAUAGUGUUAACCCUUGUUCUUCAUAACCUCUGCAAUUCACUCUGGCAUGCUGGAUAUUAGCUUCUGGGCCAAAUCCUGUCUGAUGGCGAUCCAUUCUUGCCUUAUUAGUUUUUAGAGUUGAU